CCUCUGUGAACUGGUUUUGCUGGGGUCAGGAUGGGGUCUGGAGGCAGCUUGGGUGCAACUCUGUUCUGCUGGGUGCUGGUUGAAGUAGCAUCUUACAGUCCAUGGGGUUUGCCCCAAAGGGACUUGGCGGUCUUGAGGGUGCGGGGGGACUCCUCUUGGAGCCGGCCCCGUGUCCCUUCCUUCUCCCAGCCCUCCCCCUGGGCAUGGGUGGACGUUUCCCAGCUCCAGGCUGCUGCCCCAUUGCACCCUGUGGCUGUGCAGUGCCAGGAGGCGCAGGUUGUGGUCACGGUGCACAGGGACCUCUUUGGUACAGGGCGUCUUGUCAAGGCUGUGGACUUGACCUUGGGCUCGGCUGCCUGCCUACCUCUGGCACAGGAUGUUGCUGAGAGCGUGGUGACCUUUGUGGUUGGGCUGCAUGAGUGUGGCAGCAUCUUGCAGAUAACCCCAGACUCCUUGAUCUACAAAACAAUUUUGUCCUACAAACCUACUCCUUCUGGUAACCCAGUGAUUGUAAGGACCAAUGCAGCUGUGGUUCCUAUUGAGUGCCACUAUCCCAGGAAGGGCAACGUGAGCAGCAGCGCCAUCAAGCCCACAUGGGCUCCGUUCCGCUCUACCCUGUCGGCGGAGGAGAAGCUGAUGUUCUCCCUACGUCUCAUGAAUGAUGACUGGAGUGCUGAGAGGCUCUCCAAUGGCUUCCAGCUUGGGGAAAGUCUGCAUCUCCAGGCUGAUGUUGCUUCUGGGGACCAUGUACCUCUAAGGCUCUUUGUGGAUGACUGUGUUGCUACUCUGAGUCCUGACAGGAGUUCUUCUCCCCGAUAUGCCUUCAUUGACCUCAGCGGGUGCUUGGUGGAUGGGAGAUCAGAUGACACCACUUCAACCUUCAUCUCUCCAAGGCUGAGGCAGGAAACGCUGCAGUUCACAGUUGAUGCAUUCAAGUUUGCAGGAGACAACAGAAACUUGAUCUAUAUCACCUGCCACCUGAAGGUCUCCCCGGCUGACCAAGCCCCAAAUCCAUUGAACAAGGCCUGUUCCUUCAACAAAGCCAGCAGCCUGUGGGCUCCUGUGGAGGGUACUGGAGACAUCUGCAGCUGCUGUGAGACUGGCAGCUGUCCACUGUAUGGAGGAUACCCCGGGAGAACUAACCCUCUGGCCAGAUGGCCAGCAAGACGAUCCAAGAGAGACAUCUCUUCCAAGCAAGGUGGGUCCUCAAGGGCAGCGGAGGCUGAAGUCUCAGUUGGACCGCUAUUAAUCCUGGAUUCAGCUCAGGGAUUAAGAAGUUCCUCAGGAGGUCUUGUGCCAUCAGGGAAGACUUCACAUGGUGCUGCUGAAGGGCUUCCUAUGCUGGUCCAAGUUGCACUGCUCAUAGCAGCCGCUGUCCUGAGCUUAACUGCUCUUGGAUUGUUUCUUGGGUGCAGAAAAAUGUAGCUGCCCUCCAGAAGCCUAACUGUAACUCCUCAACCUGAAUAAAGAGAAGCGUUUCUGUCC